AUGUCUCUUUUCCACGUGUCUCCUGCCGCAGACUUCGCUCCGUUGUUCAGUCUCUUGGACAACCGUGACCUCCAGCGCACCAACCGCAGUCAAUUCUCCUCCAUUCGCUCGUUCUCCCCUCGCUUCGACUUCCGUGAGAGCGACGACGCCUACUACCUCGACGGCGAAUUGCCCGGCAUCUCUCAGGAGAACGUCGACAUCGAAUUCUCCGACCACCAGACUCUGGUGAUCAAGGGCCGCUCCGAGCGUGAAACCCAAGAGACCAACGCCGACGACGCUCCUCAGGACCAAACAGGCCAGGAAGGCCAGAACGAGACCAGCGAUGUUGCCAAAACUGGAGGCCAGUCCGUCACCAAGGCCAAGAACAACAAGCACCGCUACUGGGUGAGCGAGCGCUCCAUCGGCCAAUUCCACCGCGCUUUCUCAUUUCCCGGCCGUGUCGAUCAGAACAAUGUCCGGGCUAGCUUGAAGAACGGUAUCCUCUCGGUGGUGGUGCCCAAGGACGUUGUCUCGGGAACGAAGAAGAUCACCAUCCAGUAA